AUGGACACCGAUACCAAGCACGACCACGAUACAGAGAACCAGGUCGUGGGCAGCGAUGCCGCAGCGCCAUCUGUACCCUCGCUGUGGGGCGUUCCUCUGAAAUAUAUCUCCCUAGUGACGCUGGCCGUCCAGAAUUCCGCGUUAACGAUUAUCAUGCACUAUUCUAGAGUGUCUACACCUCCCUCCCAGGCCUAUUCAGCCGCGACCGCCGUACUGAUGAACGAAAUCCUGAAGGGCGUAAUCUCCCUCGUCUUCGCGUUUUCGCGCAUUGACGCCUCACCACCACUCUCAAUCCCCGUAUCCUUCAGCCCAGAGCCCUCAAAGUCCGGUUUCUUACGUUCCUGUAGACCUUCUCUGCUUCUCGUUCGUGUCAAGAAGCUUUGUGCAGAAUUGUUCAGUCCGGAUUGUUGGAAACUUUCCAUUCCUGCCAUCUUAUAUGUCGUACAAAAUAAUUUGCAAUAUGUUGCGGCCUCGAAUUUGGAGGCGGCAACAUUUCAAGUUAGCUACCAGAUGAAAAUCCUUACGACAGCCGCAUUUUCCGUUAUGAUGCUCCGGAAAAGGCUGCUUUCCACCCAGUGGAUAGCUCUCCUUUUCUUGGCUAUUGGCGUCGGCAUCGUCCAAAUUCAAACCGGUGUGGGCAAGGGUGACGCGUCUGCUGUUGACGCUCACUCUAUGAAUGCUACCAAGGGCUUCCUAGCAGUCGUAGCCGCUUGUUUUACCUCGGGACUUGCUGGCGUGUAUUUUGAGAUGGUUCUCAAAAACUCUCAGGGUGACCUCUGGGUCAGGAACGUCCAAUUAUCAUUAUUCUCCCUCCUUCCAUGCAUCGCGCCCAUCAUUGUUUCGAGUUCCAGCUCGAACCUUGGUUCUCUGUCUGCGCUUUUCCACAAUUUUGGUCCGUGGGCGUGGGCGACUGUAGCCGUCCAGGUGCUUGGUGGACUAGUCACAGCCAUGGUCAUCAAAUAUUCGGACAACAUUCUAAAAGGGUUUGCAACCAGCCUCAGCAUCGUCCUCUCUUUCCUCACCUCGGUAGCCUUGUUCGAUUUCCACAUCACAUUUACCUUCGUGUUGGGUUCUGCAAUUGUCCUAAAUGCGACAUGGUUGUACAACCAACAACCGCGGAGAGUCGGGUUGGGUGGGUCUAGAGAUACUAAAACAUGGUCGGCGUUGGGCUGGAAUGAAAAACGGCCGACGGUCUAUCGCUCGCCUUCCGCUGUUCCGAUUCUCGGGUCUGGGAUGUCGUCUUCGACAACAUCUCGGUCUUCUUCAGUCGCUUCACUUUCGUCAUUAUCAGUCAAUAAUGUUCCGUCGGUGGAAUCGGACCUUCUAUGGAAAGGAAAAACAGUGAUGACAUUCCGCAGUACAUAUUUCGCAUUCACAUACAAUACAUACACCCAGAAUACUUCGAUCUUCUUGGCAACUCUGGCGUGUCCAUGA